UUUGCUGCGGCUCUGUGCUCUUCAGAUUUCAGACAGAACCAUAUUGAAAAACAGUUUUAUUCCGACCAGUCUCUGCUUUUUCACAGUGUUUAUCGUCACUGUUUCACAUUUUGAACCCGUGGUGCCCUCAGUAACUUCUCUACUUCGGUCGUCCCAGCCUCAUCCGUCACACCAGGAUGGAUCACCCUGACUGGCAGAGAGGGAGGAGCAGAGGUCACCGACACCAUGACGACGAUGAUGAAGCCCAGCCGGUUUACAUUGGUGUCCCAGUUUCCCACAGACGGAAAAGGCGCAGACACCACUCCCAUGCCAGCGAUGCCGACCACAGCGCACGACACGCACACUACGAUCAUCACAUGCAUCGCGAACACUCACACCCCGGGAAUUACCACGACAGAGAGGAGCAAUAUGACGAUGAGGAGGGGAGUAUGGAGCAUCACGAGCAAAACAACCCCACAGUGUCGCCUGCGGCGGAGCGGCUGCGCCACAUACUGGGGGAGGAUGACAGUGCCCCGACGCCCACCAUCUUCACUGAGAUGGACACGCUACAGCACGAGGGGGGUGAAUUGGAGUGGAAAGAGUCUGCGAGGUGGGUGAAGUUUGAGGAGAAGGUGGAGGAGGGAGGAGAACGGUGGAGCAAGCCUCAUGUCUCCACGCUGACCCUCCACAGCCUGUUUGAGCUCAGGACCUGUCUGCAGACGGGAAGCAUUCUGCUCGACCUGGAGGGCUACUCGCUGCCACAGAUAGUGGAUGAGAUUGUGGAACGGCAGAUAGCCGACGGCCUCGUCUCUCCGGACCUGAGGGAGAAGAUCAGCUUCGUGUUGCUGAGGAAGCACCGUCACCAGACCAAGAAACCCAUGCACCGUUCGCUGGCAGACAUCGGGAAGUCCUCCAACGCCGCUACCAGCCGUGGUCCUCAGACUAAUCUGAGUCGUAGCACUAGUUCGGCCUCUGGAAUCCACCGCUCCACAGAAGACAUCCGCUCUCGGCAGUCAAGCAGCCUUGGCCGCCUGCAUCAUGCCCAGAGCCGAAGCAUGAACGACAUUUCCGACACGCCGAGCACAGACCAGCUGAAGAACAAGUUCAUGAAGAAGAUUCCGCGUGAUGCCGAGGCAUCCAAUGUCUUGAUUGGUGAGGUGGAUUUCCUGGACAAGCCCUUUGUCUCCUUUGUACGUCUGGCUCAAGCCACCACGUUGGGAGGCCUCACUGAGGUCCCGGUUCCUACCAGGUUUCUCUUCAUCUUGCUGGGUCCCCAUGGCAAAUCCAAGUCCUACAAUGAGAUUGGCAGAGCUAUUGCUACACUCAUGGUGGACGACCUGUUCAGUGACGUUGCCUACAAAGCACGGGACCGCGACGACCUGAUUGCAGGCGUCGAUGAGUUCCUCGACGAGGUGAUCGUCCUCCCUCCGGGGGAAUGGGACCCAAAAAUACGCAUCGAACCUCCCAAGAAGGUCCCAUCGGCUGAAAUGAGGAAGUCAGUGCUGAACCUGAACGAACUGGGUCAGAUGAACGGCUCAGCGGGUGGAGCAGCAGGAGGAGAGGAUGAAGCGCUGCCAGCUCAACAUGAGAUCGGAGAGGAGUUAAAAUUCACUGGGAGGUUUGCCGGUGGAUUGUGGCUGGACUUUAAAAGGAAGAUCCCGUGGUACUGCAGUGACAUCUACGAUGGUUUCCAUAUUCAGUCCAUCUCCGCUGUGCUCUUCAUCUACCUGGGCUGCAUCACAAAUGCCAUCACCUUCGGAGGACUGCUGGGGGACGCUACAGACAAUUACCAGGGUGUGAUGGAGAGUUUCCUUGGCACUGCUCUCGCGGGGACGGUCUUUUGCUUGUUUGGCGGACAACCUCUUAUCAUCCUCAGCUCUACUGGACCCAUUCUCAUCUUUGAAAAGCUGCUGUACGAAUUCAGCAAGAGCAACAGCAUCGACUACAUGGAGCUGCGUCUGUGGAUCGGCCUUCACUCGGGCCUGCAGUGUUUGUUGCUGGUCCUCUCGGACGCCAGCUACAUCAUCAAGUACAUGACCCGCUUCACGGAGGAGGGCUUCUCCAGCCUCAUCUCCUUCAUAUUCAUCUCGGAUGCCAUCAAGAAGAUGGUAGGAGCCUUUAAAUAUUACCCAAUCAACCGCGGCUUCAAGCCGGACUAUGUCACAGCCUACAAAUGUGAAUGCCUCGCUCCAGACCAGGAAUCUGCGCUGGGAUCAAACGUUUCAGCUCCACUCGCGGAUGACAACAUGACUCUGCUGUUCAACUUGACGGACCUGGACUGGAGUCAGCUGAGUAAGAAAGAGUGCGCAAAGUAUGCCGGCACUCUGGUGGGCAACUCGUGUAAGUAUGUGCCCGACCUGGCCCUCAUGUCCUUCAUCCUCUUCUUCGGCACCUACUCCAUGACCGUUUCGCUCAAGAAGUUCAAGUUCAGCCGCUACUUCCCGACAAAGCUCCGUGCCCUGAUCAGUGACUUCUCCAUCAUCAUUUCCAUCCUGGUCUUCUGUGGGCUGGACUUCCUGCUGGGGCUGGAAACCCCCAAACUGCACGUGCCCACUGAGAUCAAGCCGACGCGUCCUGACCGAGGCUGGUUGGUGAUGCCAUUUGGUAAGAACCCCUGGUGGUGGUACCUGGCCAGCGCUGUUCCCGCCCUCCUCGUCACCAUUCUCAUCUUCAUGGACCAGCAGAUCAGUGCCGUCAUCGUCAACCGCAAGGAAAACAAGCUGAAGAAAGGUUGCGGCUACCACUUGGACCUGUUCUGGGUCGGCGUACUCAUGGCCGCGUGCUCCUUCCUUGGUCUGCCCUGGUACGUGGCCGCCACCGUCAUCUCCAUCGCCCACAUCGACUCGCUGAAGAUGGAGAGUGAGUCCAGCGCCCCCGGGGAGCAGCCGCAGUUCCUGGGCGUCAGGGAGCAGAGGCUGACGGGCAUUCUGGUGUUCGUCAUGACUGGACUCUCCAUCUUCCUCGCUCCUGUCCUCCAGUACAUCCCCAUGCCGGUCCUGUAUGGAGUGUUCCUGUACAUGGGCGUGGCCUCGCUGAGUGGUAUCCAGUUCUGGGAGCGUAUCAAGCUGUACCUCAUGCCGGCCAAACACCAGCCGGACUUCUCCUUCCUGCGCCACGUCCCCCUGAGGCGCGUCCAUCUCUUCACCCUCGUGCAGAUCAUCUGUCUCGCUGUCCUCUGGAUCCUCAAGUCCACGUUCCUGGCCAUCGUCUUCCCGGUGAUGAUCCUGGGUCUGAUGGUCGUGCGGAAGCUGCUGGAUCUGAUGUUCUCGCAGCACGACCUGGCGUGGCUGGACGACAUCCUGCCGGACAAAGACAAGAAGAAGAAGGAGGACGAGAAGAAGAGCAGGAAAGAGAGGAGGGCGGCAGAGCCAGAGAGCGACGAGGAGGAGGAGAACCCUUACUCGACAGUCACAUCCGAUCAAACUGAACUAGACCGCAGGUACUGUGUGCUGAAGCUGCACGUGCCCUACAGGGACCUGCUCCACCCGCCUGACACACACACUUACUGGGACCACGUCACUGUCCCCGCCAGGCAACCCCACACACACACACACACUCACGCACACACGCGCACGUAGCGACGACAUAGAAACACACACCCUCUGUUCCCACUUUUUCACAACCAUCGUUCUCUCCCUUACGGGACAUUCUGAUUCCUUGUGUCGUGCCAUUUCAGUGUGAAAAACCCACAGUUUGUGCAAAACCGCAUUCAGAACAUUGAUCGAUUAUCCGUUGAUCGAUUCAUCAAAUCAGUGGACUUAUUGUGGGAGCUAAUAAAUGAAUGCAUCAGCAGAUUAAUAAUAUAUAAAAAAAAUGUAACUUUGACUUCAUUUACUUAUAUUUAAAUGCAGUACUUUCACAUGUAGCGUAGUACUUGCACACGAUAUUAGUACAAGAAUGAAAAUUGCAUGAGGUAGAAAUACCCCAAAAAGUAGACAGAAACAGCUGUCAGAAACAGUUUGAACCCAAACUGUACAUUAUAUCCCCAUGAAGAAGGAGUUAUUGCAGGACUGACGCAUCGGCCUGUGCUGGCUUCAGUCAGGUGUACCUAAUAAACUGACUGGUGUGUGUGUGUGUGUUUGUGUGUGUGUGAGAGAGAGAGCUGGUGAGUAGAAGUGUAACCCGGCCGGUUCCCACCACUGUUCCUCAGCAUCACCCUGCACCUGAAGAUCUCCUGCCCCCCCUCACCUGUCCACUCCCAGAAGAGCCUCGCCGUCGGGGACGCCGUGUCAUGCCCGCCGCCCCGCCGGCCCGUGCCCCGGGUCAGCGUCCGGGCGGAGUCGGACUGCGAGGGGGUCCGGCCUCCGCCCCGGACCACCAGGCAGGCGUCGCCCGGCUAACGUGCCGCCCCCUGGAAGACACGGAGACCUUCGCAGACACCCGCAGGCUCACUAUGGUGACUCCUGUGCUGAGACCAUUCUGUAGACACAACUUAACUAACACACACACACACACACACACACACACACAAACAUACACACACACACACACACACACACACACAAACACAGAGAGAGAAGGAAGGUGCAAUGUGUUGCGUGCUGAUCACAACUCACACACACACACAAACAUACACAAACACACACACACACACACACACACACACACACACACAAAGAGAGAAGGAAGGUUCAAUGUGUUGCAUGCUGAUCACAACUCAGAAUCUUUCCGACUAUCUCCAUGUGGCGGUUCAAAUUCAGGUUCUUUCACACUUCAUAAUUCGAUUUUCAUCAGAUGCGAUGCCGGCGUGUUGUACAGCUCCCCAAACUAAAGACCGACUGCGCUCUCCAGAGACCCCCGCUUUCCUGUAGUGACACGAAUAGGAAGGAACAACCAGCACGCGUUGAUAAUAGAUGCGUGGAGCCACUCGGAACCUCAGCGUCGUUGAUCAUUACUUGUUCAUUUUCUCCUUUUUCUCCUUCUGCCUGUGUAUUCAAAGAAGGGUAGAGACGUUUGGUUCAUGUGUAGUAUGAAUGUUGACGCCCUGAACAUGUAAUAAAGCUGCAUUUAAGAUCUGUCUUUGUCGGUUUCGUU